AUGGCAGAAGAAGAAUCUGUUAACAAAAGGCCUAGACGGGCCUUUUCGUCAACUGAGAAGUUAAUGAUGUUGAACAUGUUCAAUUCUUUCAAGACUGCUUCGCCGUCUGCAUCACACAAUGAAAUAUGCAAAACUGUCGCAAGUUCAAUGGGAGUAAGUUGGACUUCGAUUUAUAGAGUAAUCUCGGAAAAAAAAACCAAUGCGAAUCUAAGGUCCCCAAAGAAGAAAAAAACACGCCUCACUGUUUGUGACAAAAUUGAUGAUUUCACCAAAUGUGCGAUUCGACGAAUAAUCCACAGUUUCUUUUUAAGAAACGAAAUUCCAACCCUCGACAAAGUUCUAUCAAAAAUUGAAGAAGAUGGAUCAUUGGGGAGUUUUAAAAGAACUUCUUUGCACCUAAUUAUUCGAGAAAUUGGAUUCAAAUUUAGUAAAAGAUGUCGAAACAGUAUGUUGACUGACAGGGAUGAUAUCUUUUUUUGGCGAAGAAAUUAUUUGAGAGAUAUUGUAAAGGCAAGAGAAGUUGGAAAAAAUAUUUAUUAUUUGGAUGAAACCUGGAUAAAUGAAGGCCAUACAAUGCCCAAAGUUUGGUCUGAUACAACAAUAACCAGCGCACGUGCAGCAUUUAUGUCUGGAUUGUCAACCGGCUUAAAAAAUCCCUCAGGAAAGGGCAAACGACUUAUCAUAACACAUGUUGGGAGUGAAGACGGUUUCGUGGAAGGAGCAUUGCUUGUAUUCGAGUCAAAGAAAGACGGUGACUACCAUAAGGAAAUGAAUUCCGAUACAUUUGAAAAUUGGUUCAAAGGAAUGAUAGAAAAACUGCCAGAAAAUUCAGUUAUUGUCAUGGAUAAUGCUUCAUACCACUAACGGAAAAUAGAAAAAAUCCCCACGGCGAAUACUAAAAAGGAAGACAUUAUAGGAUGGUUGAAAGGUAAAAAUAUUUUACACGAAGAAAAUCUCUUAAAAAGGGAACUACUAAAAAUAGUAAAAGCGCAUCGAAAACUAUUUGAUGGAUAUGUUAUUGACGAAUACGCAAAAUC